GCUCACGAUCAGUUUCAACAGGCAAGUCGCAUUUGGAGCUUAUUGCAAACAUGAAGUGGUUAUCGCUGGCUUUCGUCAUGGCUCUGCUCGCAUUGGCAAGCGCCAAUCCGCUGCAGCCGGGCCAUGUGAUCAUCAAUGGGGACUGCAAAGUGUGCAACGUGCGCGGCGAUUAAUAGACUCUCGAUUAGGAGAACUUAAAUAAAUACAUAACCAGCUUUUGUUUAA